AUUCAUUGUUUGCGUUCACGUUUCAGUCAGUCGCUAACGGUAUCCUUGUGUUGGUUGUCGUCUUUAUUUGCGCUAAAUAAAUACGAAUACAAUAAAGAUUAUCGCGAAAUAUAUAUCUUUUCCUACAAUCGCUAUCUUAUCAGGCAUUGUAAAGGAUAAAUCGAUCAUGUUCAAUCUCCAAUGUGUCUUAUUUAAGUUUGUGUUAUGAUGUGCUACUUAGCUUAAUAAUUUUACAUUUAUCAUCAUUUACUGUUUAUUUUUUGAGUGAAAAUGCCUUCUGGACAGAGAGAAACUACUGUUUCCAUGCCGCUGACACCAUCGCGGUCUGAUUUGUAUUGGCGUAGAAUUUUUGAAAAGUACGACAAAGACAAAGAUGGACGAAUCUCCUACGUGGAACUCAAAGAGAUUAUUAACUCCGUGGAAUACCAACAUGACCUGCCGGACAAUGUGGUGGACAAGAUUAUGGAUCUGGCAGACAGAGACAAUUCAGGGUACCUAGACUUCAACGAAUUCGUCGCGAUGAUGCAGAAUCCAGACUUGAAAGCAGUAUUUGGACACUUUGUAGCAAGAUACGUGCACUCUAUCAUACCCCACCGAGGACCAGUAGAUACUACAGGAACGUGGACAGGUUUCCGGCCAGUUACCAGAAGUGAUGGCGCCCAUAGCACGUCAAUCUUUACAUACUCAGACGGCACCUACGAAGAAGAGUAUAGCUGUUGGCCGCCCGCCAUCUGCAUGAUCCUCAUCUCCCUGGUGGAAAUCGUCCUCUUUUGCUACGAUGCUGCUCAAGGACAUACGCAAGGCGAUGGAACCAUCGCCAAGCUUUUCAUCUACAAUCCACACAAGAGACAGGAGGCGUGGAGAUUUAUUACCUACAUGUUGGUCCAUGUUGGCGUGGUCCAUCUGCUAGUCAAUCUUCUGGUGCAGUUGUUCCUCGGAGUCCCUCUAGAGAUGGUGCAUCGGUGGUGGCGAGUGGUGUUGGUGUACCUCGCUGGUGUGGCCGCAGGAUCCCUAGCCACCAGUCUGACAGACCCCAAGGUCUAUUUAGCUGGAGCUUCAGGAGGCGUGUAUGCGUUAAUUGCAGCACAUAUCGCUACUAUUAUUAUGAACUGGUCGGAGAUGGAGUUUGCCAUCAUCCAGUUACUGGUGUUCGUAUUAUUGGCGGCUGUGGACAUUGGCACCGCGGUGUAUGAUCGAUACUGGCGCCAUCUAGACCAAAACAUCGGUUACGUCGCUCAUUUAGCCGGAGCUAUUGCCGGUCUUCUAGUUGGCAUCGGUGUUCUCCGUAAUCUUGAAAAGAGAAAAUGGGAGAAGCGUCUCUGGUGGGCGGCGGUACUGAUCUACUGUUCUCUAAUGGCUGCUGGUAUCCUAGCCAACAUCUUCUGGACUGAUAGAUUCCAGAAAAGCCUCUAAAUAAUAAUCUAAGUCUGAACCUAGCUUUAGGUACCUGAUUUUUAAAGUGGGCUUCUUUUUGGG